AAUUGACCAACCGAUACCGGAGACAGUCGAUCAAAAGAAGCUCUGAUGUCUACGUAAAUGAACUGGAACAGAAAGAAAUACAGAACAAACCAACGACUAUGUUUCUAAUUCCAAACCCAAAACCCUCAACACAAUCACCAUAACCAUAACCUACUUCAACAACAACAACAACAACGCUAACAUUCAUCAUUGUUCAAAACAAAAUCAAAAACUGUCUCAUUCCAAUGUUCCAAUCCAUUGUAUCCCAAUGUCUCAACUCUCCAACUACCACUCUCCUCAACGCGCGUACCAUACACGCACACUUCCUCAAAUUCAACCUCUUCACCAACACCCAACUCACCACUUCUCUCCUCACUCUCUACUCCCACUUCCUCCCUUUCCCACAUCUCACCCCUAUCCUCUCCUCUCUCCCACACCCCACCAUCUUCUCCUUCUCCUCCAUAAUCCACUCCUUUGCUAGGUCCCACCACUUUCGUCAUGUUCUUGGUGCAUUCUCUCAAUUGGGUUCUCUUGGUCUUGUUCCUGAUAGUUAUCUUCUUCCUAGUGCUAUUAAAGCUUGUGCUGUGUUAAAAGAGUUGAAACCUGGUAAACAGGUUCAUGGGUUUGCUUGUGUUAAUGGGUUUGGUUCGGAUUCGGUUUUGAUGUCUUCGUUGGUUCAUAUGUACUUGAAAUGUAAUAGGAUUGAUGAUGCGCAGAAGCUAUUUGAUGGUAUGUGUGACAGAGAUGUGAUUGUUUGGAGUGCGAUGAUUGCAGGGUAUUCCAGAUUGGGGAAUGUUGAUAGAGCGAAAGAGGUUUUUUGUGAGAUGAGGAAGGAGGGUGUGGAGCCGAAUUUGGUUUCAUGGAAUGGGAUGAUUGCUGGGUUUGGAAAUGUUGGGUUGUAUGAUGAGGCGGUGAGGUUGUUUCAUGAGAUGGUGUCGGAAGGGUUUUUGCCGGAUGGGUCGACUGUUUCGUGUGUUUUGCCAGGUGUUGGGAAUUUGGAGGAUGUUUUGAUGGGGAAACAGGUUCACGGGUAUGUGAUUAAGCUGGGUUUGGAAUCGGAUAAAUAUGUUGUUAGUGCUCUUCUUGACAUGUAUGGAAGAUGUGGAUGUGCGCCCGAGAUGUCUCGGGUGUUUGAUGAAAUUGAUCAAACUGAAAUAGGUUCUCUGAAUGCUUUUCUUACUGGGUUGUCGCGUAAUGGUUUGGUUGAUACUGCAUUGGACGUGUUCAAGAAGUUUAAAGCCGGAGAAUUGGAGUUGAAUGUUGUGACGUGGACGUCGAUAAUAGCUAGCUGCGUACAGAAUGGGAAAGACAUGGAGGCUUUGGAGCUUUUUAGAGAUAUGCAGGCUGAUGGGGUGGAGCCUAAUGCUGUUACUAUCCCAAGCUUGAUCCCUGCUUGUGGAAAUAUUUCAGCGUUAACGCAUGGAAAGGAAAUCCAUUGCUUUUCUCUCAGGAAGGGAAUUUUCGAUGAUGUAUAUGUAGGUAGUGCAUUGAUAGAUAUGUAUGCAAACUGCGGAAGAAUCCGGUUAUCACAAAAUUGUUUUGAUGAAAUGCCAUUCCGUAAUUUGGUUUCUUGGAAUUCAAUUAUGAGUGGUUAUGCAAUGCAUGGAAAGGCUAAGGAAACAAUCGAGAUGUUUCAUAUGAUGUUGCAAAGUGGCCAGAAACCCGACUCAAUUACCUUCACAAGUGUAUUAUCUGCAUGCACCCAAAAUGGAUUAACGGAAGAGGGAUGGCAUUACUUUAAUAGCAUGUCGAAAGAAUACGAUGUUAAACCUAAAAUGGAACAUUACGCUUGCAUGGUUACACUUCUCAGUCGUGUAGGCAAACUCGAAGAAGCUUAUUCCAUCAUCAAGGAAAUGCCGUUUGAACCCGACGCGUGUGUGUGGGGAGCAUUGUUAAGUUCUUGUAGAGUUCAUCAUAAUUUGAGUUUAGGCGAGAUUGCUGCAGAGAAGCUUUUUGUGUUGGAACCAGACAACCCCGGGAACUACAUUCUUCUGUCCAACAUUUAUGCUUCAAAGGGUAUGUGGGAUGAAGAAAAUAGAGUACGCGAUAUGAUGAAGAGUAAGGGGUUACAGAAAAACCCUGGCUGUAGUUGGAUUGAGAUUGGACAUAGGGUACACACGCUUGUUUCUGGCGACAAAUCACAUCCACAAAUGAAAGAGAUUUUGGAGAAGUCAGAAAAAUUGAGUAUUGAGAUUAAGGAGUCCGGCUGCCUCCCAAUGACUAAGUCUGUGCUGCAAGAUGUGGAGGAACAAGACAAGGAGCAGAUAUUGUGUGGGCACAGUGAGAAAUUGGCAGUAGUAUUAGGACUAAUCAACACAAGUCCAGGACAACCACUUCAAGUAAUCAAGAACCUGAGAAUUUGUGAUGACUGUCAUGCUGUUAUCAAAGUUAUAAGCAGAUUGGAAGGAAGAGAAAUAUUUGUGAGAGACACAAAUCGUUUUCACCAUUUCAAAGAAGGUGUUUGCUCUUGUGCAGAUUUCUGGUAAAUUUCUUGGCUCCUUGCAGUGGAUCAGAAAAAAAAAAACUAAUUAAUCAAGACUGGUGGUGUUAACAAUACUUUGAUUAAUGCUGUGAUUAACACCUUGAGAACAAAGAUAUAUGUUCUCAUCUUUCGGUGGCUUGCAGCUAAUUAGUUCUCACCGGCCCAUAUGGUUUUUUGUUUGAAUAUCCUUUCUCUUCACUCCCUUUUGUUCUUGCAAUGGAGACUUACAGGAGCCUGAUUUAGAAUAUGAAGAGGGGAGACAACUUGCAGGACUGAUUCUGCUGAGCAAUGUUUUUGAGUAACUUUGACAUUCAGUACUUGCCUAGUUCAGCUAUUUUCAUUAGACUUUAUACGAAUCAUUUCUUGUAUAAGGUAUUAAGAUUUGAAGAUUUCAAUGGUUUUAGACUUUGAAAGUAAACUUGGGUACCUGAAGAGCUGUCCUUUUCAAGAUCUGAUGUACUUUGACCAAGAUGGUUGAUGAGUAUUUUUUUGCUUAUAUUCGAGAUCGCAGGGAGUAGAUAUUUGAUUUAACACCAUUAGAGUAUAUUCAAAGACUUCAAUUUGACAUACUGAUCAUAAUCCGAGUCCUCACAGCCUCAAAUUUUCUGGUACUUUCCUCUGGAGCAAACCAUGUAUUUCUUCUGUUGAAAUUGUUGUCGUCAAAUGGCAAUAACUUUUUUACAGCUUAAAGUAUUUAAUUUUUUAGAGAUACUUGUACGCUUGUGAAUUUCUGCUUAUGACAUUCUGAUAUUAGAGGAUCUCAAAGUUGAAAAGCAUUCUUAGAUAUAUUGUUCCUUUGUUGCCGAGUCGUUUCACUUGCUUAGCUGCAUUUUAUUUUGGGUUACAAUUCCUAGUUGUUUGUUUGGAUUUGGUAAUUCAAAGUCACAUUCACUUUGUUCAUGAAAAGCUUUGAUAAUUAAAUGUUCUGAUUAAAAAUUGAUUAUGUCUUCAAAUCUCGAUUUGAGUGAAGAGGAUAUUAAGAUUUACAUUAAACUUAUAUUAAGAGUAAAAACAUUCAGAUUUUUAUCAAGUGAAGUUCAUCCAUAUUUGAAAUUAUGCAUGCUCUCUGAUGUACCGUGCUGAUGUUGUUCCCAAAGACGUGAAUGCUGUUGUUGCCACCAUUCAAACAAAGAGGAUCAUCCAGUUCAUAGAUUGGUGUCCUUAUUGGUUUCAAGUGUAGUAUUUACUACAUGCCACCUACUGUUAUUCCUGGAGGUGACCUUGUUAAGGUACGGAGGACAUUUUGUAUUAUUUCAAACUCCACCAAUGUUGCCGAGGUGUUCGGUCGCAAAUUCGCAAUGACCACAAGUUUGAUCACAUGUAAGCCAAGUGUGCAUUUGUCCACGGGUACGUAGUGAGGUAUGGAAAGAGAAUUUUCUGAAGCUUGUCAGGAUCCUGCCCCUGCAGAGACGGAUUACAAGGAAGUGGGUGCUGAGUCUAGCGAGGGUGGCAAAGAAGAUAUCGACAACUACUAGUAGAGUCUAUUUCAGAUUCUUGUUUUCACGGGUUUCUUUUAUCAUUGUUCUGUGUGAGUUGUUCCUUUGGAUGCAUUGUUUUUAUGCUCUGUUGUUUCUUAAAUAUAUGUUUUUCUAGAAUUAAACUUGUUAUCUACUUUUUCAUGUCAUGCUAUCUUCUCCAAUAUUAGAAUUAUAUGUUACCAGUGUUUGAUUGUCAGCACUUGUAUUUUUUUGCUCGAUAUGGGCGCGUGGUAAUUGAGAUAGUCCUCCUAGUUGUCUAGUUUUGCAUUUAAUGUGAGACAGGGUUGGACAAGAAUAUUGAAUAAGAUGCUUGUGUAUGGGGAGCAUUGUUAAGCUCUUUUAGAGUUCACUAAAAU